UUUGUUGGCAACCAUAGCUGGGUGAAGAUGCUGUAUUAGCGUCUAAACAUAUAUUCUCUAUCUAUACCCCCAUGACCCGGGGUCAGAAGUUUCAGAUAGCAACUAGUAAACUGAGACACAUAGUCAAUGCAAGAAGCGCACUCUCGAAAUUCUCACCACCCUCACUUUCGCCUUGUCGAAUUACCUGAUCAUUCUUUAUCAACCCAUAGUCAUAGCCAUGCUAUAAGAAGGGGUGGCAGCAUUGACUCGAGAGAUUUUGGGAGCCCUCAUCUCCUUGAUGGGCUAACAAGCAUCUUAGCCAGGUGGGGUUGGUCGACACCUGAAUGCGAAGGCCAUUUUGUAUCCCGAGCCAGCUCGGUAGAUCAAGGGCCUCCGGGAUCUAUAAACAGCUUUCCACCCCUAGGAACGUUCACCGAUCACUUCGGCUCUAGUCAGACACCCGUGACAACCACCGCAACAGAAGGGGAAUGGCCGGCAUCAUUCACAGCAGAAUACGGGAAAUUCAUCAAAAUCAUUCAUUACGGAUGCUCCAGUACCAUUCAGUUAUAUGAAAAGAGGGCUACUGUACCUAAGCUACGCUCGUCAUCGGUUGCCUGUCCCGAAGAAUAUAUACUGACGAGAUCAGGAGAGCUAUCGACAUCCAAGACGAUCAAGGAACUGUAUGCAGUCAAAGUAUUCCGCCAUCCCUACUCCCCGCACCUUCCUCGAAGUCGAAAUCCAGCUCCCGAACUCCAUCACCCCAACAUUCUCCCGAUCAUCGAUAUUCUCUACAAUGUACGGGGACAUCUCUGCCUUGUGAUGCCCUACUGCGCCGGUGGCGACUUGCACUCUUUUCUGUUGGAAAGAGGGAUAGGAAGACAACAUCUACCCACCGACGAGGCGGAUUGUUUGCAAAUGCAGAUAAUGGGCGCGAUUGCCUACUUACACGAAAACCGCAUAGCGCAUGGAGAUAUGAGACCGGAGAAAGUGCUUCUCACGACACGAGGCGCAGUGAAGGUAGGUGGGUUCGGGGAAGAUGAAGAGGCGAUUCGAAAGGUGGCUCAAUUACCACAACGUCAUUGUUCCACCUGGUCUUGUGCAAGCCUCAGUGGUGCUACAACUCCAGGCUGGGACUCCACAUCAAUUCUGUGUAUAUGCAGUAGGGCCUCGAAGUUGAGUGUUCCAUAUCUUCCUCCAGAGAGGUCUCGUGACCAAUUUGGCUCUCGUGGUCAAGGGUAUGAACAACAAUACAACCCUAACGCUAGAGCGGGCGAUAUCUGGGCUUGCGGCGUAAUUUAUAUGGAACUGCGAACUGGCCAGCGCCCCUGGCACAGCGCCCAGAUAGAUAAUCCAGACAAAAGGUUUUCCGAAUAUCUCCGCUAUCGUUUGAGGGAAGAUGGGUAUGGUCCCAUUCAGACUCUCGGAAACGAGCGAUGCCACAACGUGGUUUAUGCCAUGUUACAUCCAGAUUCGGAGUUGCGAAUAACUGCGUCGGAGGUUCUGAGAUCAGAAUGGGCACUUGGGGUUGCGGUUUGUGAGGUUGGGGUCAGGGGAUUGUGAUGGCGACGGACGUUCUCC